AUGGCGGCGUCCACCAUCCUGACGGCACUGCCGCGCGACGCCACGGCCGCCCUCGCCGCGGCGGGCGGCUUCCCGCAGGAGAAGGUGGUGGUGCGGUUCCGGCCGGUGGGGUCGGCGCCAGCGAUCCGGCGGGACCUGGUCAAGGUCAUCAGCACGCACAAGUUCGACUCGGUCGUGGCGUACCUGCGCAAGAUGCUCAAAGUCCCCGAGACGGAUGGCGUGUUCUUGUACAUCAACAACACCUUCGCGCCCGCGCUGGAUGAGGUGGUCGGGAACUUGUGGAGGUGUUUCAAAGACUCGAGCGAUCACCUCAUUGUUUCGUACUCGAUGUCGCCGGCGUUUGGGUAG